AUGAACCCCUCUGGUAUUUGCUCAGAUUAUGUGAAUGCGAUGCAUGUUCCCUUUAUGAGGAUGCUCCUCAAUGCUUCUUGUUUCUGGGUUGUAGAGAUGAGAGCAUUAAAUAAUCAAUUUGACUGUGAAAAUGGAAACAAAGUGUCUUCAAAGGAAGGGAAGGGAACGAGGAUAUGGAAGAAAGUGAAAUAUCAGCUUAUUGAAUACCAUGCAUUGCCUAGCUUUUUAAGGGACAACGAGUUCAUUCUGGGUUAUUACCGAUCAGAAUGGCCAUUGAAGCAGGUGUUUCUGAGCAUCUUCUCCAUUCAUAAUGAGACUCUCAAUGUGUGGACGCAUUUGAUCGGGUUCUUCCUUUUCCUUUUCCUAACCAUAUACACAGCAAAAAAAGCUCCAGACAUCAUGGAUCUUUCUUCCUUCCAACGUUUGCCUGACAUGAUUAGAAAAGCUGAGUUUUACAAAAUUCAUCCAGAACUGUUGAAUUGCCUCCCUUCACUACCCAACCUGUCUGAUAUUUAUAGAUUAAAAGACGAAUUGAAGCCAUCUUUGCCCUCUAUGGAUUUCAUCUCCUCAGUUUCAGGGAAUAUAAGGGAACUUCUCGCCAAAUGCAUGCCCGAGCGGUUUUCCCAUGCCUAUCAAACAGAGAAUUCUGUUCUGCAUGGAGUUACAGAUGAUGUGAUGAACAUGGUGGCCCCCCUUAUGUAUCGACCUAUUACAAGGUGGCCCUUCUUUGUCUUCCUAGGUGGAGCCAUGUUCUGCUUGCUAGCCAGCAGCACAUGCCACCUCCUUGCUUGCCAUUCAGCUCGCCUUUCCUACAUAGUGCUUAGAUGUGACUAUGCAGGCAUCGCUGCACUCAUCACAACCUCAUUUUACCCUCCUGUUUACUACUCCUUCAUGUGCAACCCCUUCUUUUGCAACCUCUACUUGGGCUUCAUAACAAUACUAGGUAUCGCCACCAUUGUUUUCUCCCUCCUCCCACUUUUUCAAGGACCCAAGUUCCGUAGCUUUCGUGCUUCUCUCUAUUUUGGGAUGGGCGUAUCUGGUGUCGUUCCUUUAGUUCAUAAACUCAUAGUGUUCAGGAAUCAACCAGAAGCCCUUCAGACAACCGGCCUUGAAGUGCUAAUGGGAGUUCUUUAUGGACUGGGGGCUUUGAUUUAUGCUACAAGGAUACCAGAGCGGUGGAGACCAGGGAAGUUUGAUAUUGCUGGCCAGAGUCACCAGCUUUUCCAUAUCUUGGUUGUGGCGGCAGCUUACACACACUAUCGUGCUGGGCUGGUGUACCUAAGAUGGAGGGACUUAGAGGGUUGUUAA